AUGGACCGACUGAAACGGAAACGCGGAACGAUUCGAACGGCAGCUACGAAGCUCAUGGAUGAGAUACAGCAACUGCUGCAAAGGCCCGUUUCAUCGGACUGCAGAGGUGAGCUUCAAGAGAAACUUGACCUGCUAGCAGUUAAGGAAGAUGCACUAGAGCAGCUAAAUAGCUCGAUUGAAGAAUUGACUUUGGAUGACGCUGCGUUUGAUGACGAGCUGGCAGGUUCGCAGACCUAUCAGGAUCGGAUAUGCAUCACAAGAUCACGAGCUACACAAAGACUAAACGCAGGAGGUAACGAAGGGUCGCCUCGCACGACUGCAGUAAGACAAGGCGGAAGGGGCAAUGGAGGUGCAGAAGACUUAACGGAGAGUAGACGAGGAACCUCAGUGAAGCUCCCGAAACUGGAGAUUCCAAAGUUCAGUGGUGAUCUCAGGGAAUGGGGAAGCUUUUGGGAUCAAUUCGAUUCCACUAUUAACAGCAAUCCCUCGAUUUCGAAGGUUGAUAAAUUCAAGCAUUUGAAGAGCUACCUUAUAGAGAAGGCAGCCACAGCUGUGAGUGGACUAUCACUAACCGCAGAAAACUACGAUGUCGCUUUGACGCUUCUGAAGGAGAGAUUCAAUCGAAGAAACCUCAUAAUCGAUGAGCAUAUGUCACGACUACUGAAUUUACCUAAAGUUGGUGACUCCGGACAAGCAAGAAAGCUUCGCGAACUGUAUGACGAGGUUACGACAGGAGUCAGGUCACUGGAGGCUUUAAAUGUCCCACAAACCUCUUACGGUGUGUUACUUCUGUCUGCACUGCGAAAAGCGAUUCCGAACGAUCUCAACCUCGAGUAUGACAGGAAGCACAUUGACGGCGAUGAAGACAUCAAAUCAUACUUAGAAAUCCUGAGAAUCGAAGUGGCGAGCCGCGAGAGGCUGCAGCAUGUUGGACCGUCAGGCUUUGAAGGUCGCAGGCCUCCCCUAGAUAAGCAACGACAUCCGAAGAAUACUCCUUCAGGACUCGCUCUUAUGGUCAGUGCAGAACUACCGACUUGUGUUUUCUGCGGAUCGAACCACCACAACCUGGAACUCUGUACAAAACCUCUGUCUAUUCAAGAAAAGAAAGAAAAGCUGAAAUUAGAAAGACGAUGCUUCCGCUGCGGCAAAAAGUACCACCGAUCCAGAGAAUGUAGGAAUGCUUCGCGACUCAGGUGCGUGAGAUGUGGAGGGAGACAUCUCACAGUCAUGUGUGAUCCAGUGGGCAUCCAAGAGCAAGUAUCUCCGGUGGCCAGUACGACACUGGCUUCAUCUACAGGUUCGCGCUGCUCUGGUUUAGCCAACGGUACCGUCCUCCUUCAGACAGCACGGGUUUGGGUUGAAAGCGAGACCAGGCGUCAACUUGUUCGUGUGCUUCUAGAUAGUGGAAGUCAGCGGUCAUUUAUUAGGAGGUCACUUUCGGAGAAGCUCAAGUGUCAGUUACUAGGGGAGGAACAGCUUACACUUCAUACGUUCGGGACUGACUUAGCAUCGCAAAUGAAAUGUCGCCGUGUUCAAGUCUGGCUUCGUAGCCAGUACAACAGAAAUGAAGUUCCCAUCGAGGCCUUAGAGAUGCCAGACAUUUGCAACGACGUCAUGGAAGGCCCGAAUAGCGACUUAGUCUCCGGUCUUCGACUGAACGGAAUGCUUGUUGCUGACGUUUCCCCUUUCGACUACAAUUGCGAAGAUGGCAUUGGAAUGCUCAUAGGAGGGGACUUCUUUUGGAAGGUCGUUACAGGAGAGACGAAGCACAUCAGCGAGAGCCUUGUAGCAGUCAACACAAGAUUCGGUUGGACGUUCCUAGGACCUUCUCAUACGAGCCCAGCAACGAUAUGCUCAAACGUUGGAGUUAUGCGGGUAACAGUAGAAAUGCAUGACCCCGAUCUGUCAAAGGAGGUGAAGAAGUUUUGGGAGCUAGAACAUCUCGGCAUUCAACAUAGCGACAUCACAGUCGACGAUGACGCAGUUCUCCAGGAGUUCAGAUCAACUGUGAAAGAGGUGAAUGGGAGGUAUCAAGUCAGGCUACCGUGGAAGGCCUCCAGAUCAAGCUUACCUUCCAACGAGAGCGUUGCAAAGGACAGACUCCGUUCGUUAACGAAGAAGCUGCUAAAGAAUGAUCAGAUCAUGUUCGAGUAUGACAAAGCGAUCCGACAGUACAUGAGAGAGGGGCACGCGGAGCAAGUCGACCUAUCAAGGCCAAGUGACGGCGUCACUUAUUAUAUGCCGCACCGUGCAGUCUUGAAGCAAGAGAGACAGAGCACGAAGAUAAGGAUCGUCUUUGAUGCGUCUUCAAGCGCAAGCGGGUUCCCUUCACUUAACGACGUACUCGACAAGGGGCCAAAUUUGAACCCUGAGUUGCUGGCUAUGCUUAUCAGAUUCCGGAAGAGCAGUAUAGGACUCGCUGCUGACAUCGAGAAAGCAUUUCUUCAAAUUUGUUUGGACGAAACUGAUCGUGAUGCUUUCAGAUUCCUGUGGUAUGAUACACGGCCCAAACGCAACGAACCUCUGCCAGGAAUCGAAGUUUGGAGGAUGACCAGAGUCCCUUUCGGAGCAGCAUCGAGCCCCUUUCUUAUGGCAGCGACACUUCGUCUCCAUUUUGAAAGGAUGUCCGCAUAUUACCCUUCUCUAACACAGGUACUCGGUGAAAGCUUCUAUGUGGACGACCUUGUGACGAGUGUGGCUACACCACCUGAAGCCGAACGUCUCUUCAGCGAGGCAAACGAAAUACUAACGUCGGCUGGGAUGAACUUAAGGAAGUGGACAACGAAUUCAUCAUCUCUGCAGGAAGUAUUCAAAGAUAGCAAGGAAGACCCGCUUCGUGCGGCCAACCAGCAACGAACGGUUAAAGUUCUUGGACUCUGUUGGGACACGAAGGAAGAUACUCUUCAGGUUUCUACGGAGUCCCUUCAGCCAUUUUUACUAUUGACGAGAGAUACAAAACGGUCAUUGCUGCAAGCAACUGCGAGGAUAUUUGAUCCAUUCGGCUUUCUUGCUCCGUUCACUAUCAAGGCAAAGAUCAUCUUCCAGCAGGCGUGGGAGCAAGGCGUCAGGUGGGAUGAUCCAUUGCCGGAUGAAAUUUCUGUUGAAUGGUCACGGUGGAUCAAUGCGGUGCCUGACAUACCCAAAAUAAGCGUACCGAGAGCUCUGAUGCCCGAAGAAUCGACAUCAGUGUUGUCCGUACACUGCUUCUCUGAUGCAAGCAUUCGUGCUUACGGAGCCGUCGUAUACCUUCGUACCGAAAGCAACGACGGCGACAUUGUCGUGAAGAUGGUAGCGGCCAAAUCGAGAGUCGCCCCUUUGAAGCGCGUUACACUACCGCGAUUAGAGCUCCUAGGUGCGCUAUUGGGGGCACGAUUGACAACGUACGUGGUUCGGGCGCUUCACCUGGAAGAGGAGGUCACGUGUUUCUGGAGCGAUUCCAGUAUCGUUCUCCAUUGGAUAAAAGGAAGUGCCAGUCGUUGGAAACCUUUUGUAGCGAACCGAGUGACAGAAAUUCAGACUCUUUGUGACCCUUCAAGAUGGCGCUUCUGCCCUGGACAUGAGAACCCCGCAGAUCUUACAACGCGUGGAGUGCAACCGGAACGACUGAUCAUCGACGAAUUCUGGUGGCGAGGGCCCAAAUGGUUAUCUUCUAGCGAUGAAACGUGGCCAGUACUCGAACAGAGAGCUCCGGAACCUUCCACAGAUGCAGUCGAGGGAGAGAUGAAAGGAGUAUUACACUGUCUCGCGGCAGCUGAGGCAGUUGCACCGCCGUUGUUCCACAUCAGGGACUUCAACACUCUGGUAAGAGUACUUCGGCUAACAGCAUGGAUCAAGCGAUUUGCAGUGAACUGCAGAAGUACGGAAGCAAAGCGACGGGGACACCUCACUACAACAGAACUGAAUGAGGCGGAGAAUUACUGGAUUCGACAAGUUCAGCGUGAAAGCUUCCCAAAAGAGGUUGACAUCAUCUCAAGACAUGCCGGAAAAAUUAGCGAGGCAUCGCCCCUAUAUAAUUUAGCUCCCUACUUGGACAGCAACGGCAUCCUACGCCUACGUGGAAGACUGCAAGAGAGCGACGGAAGUACAGCACAAAAACACCCAAUUAUAUUGCCAAAAAUACAUGACUUCACGAAGAAACUAAUCGUACAGGAACAUAAACGUCUCCUUCAUUCAGGUGUGCGCGACACACUGGUCCAGCUGCGGGAACAUUAUUGGAUUAUUAAAGGGAGACAAGUUGUAAAGAACGUGCUUCAUCAGUGUAUGACAUGUCGAAGAUGGCGAGCGAAGCCAGCAGAGGAACCCACUGCGCCACUUCCGAAGGACAGGGUGACAAAGGACCAUCCUUUUGCUGUGGUGGGCAUAGACUUCGCAGGACCUCUGUACUACAAAGGCAUACCAAGCGACAGCAAGGCCUACAUAGUGUUGUUCACUUGUGCGGUAACGAGGGCAGUUCAUCUGGAAAUCAUCACCGACUUAACUACUCCCACUUUUCUAUUAGCGUUUCGGAGAUUUACAGCAAGAAGGGGAGUGUGCCAUACGAUAUACUCAGACAACGCCCUCACAUUUAAACGAGCGUCAAAAGACCUCAAGAGGUUAUGGACUUCACUGCGGAGUGAAGAGGCAGUAAACUACUUCUCCCAGAUCCACCUACACUGGAAGUUCAUAGUAGAAAGAUUAUGGUGGGGCGGUUUCUGGGAGGGGAUGGUGCGAUCUGUGAAGACUGCUCUGCGGAAGGCUCUCGGAAGAAGCACUCUGACCCUAGACGAACUUACCACUCUUUUAACUGAGGUUGAAGCGACAAUUAAUUCCAGACCUAUCACUUACACUUACUCGGAGUUAAACGAGCCAGAGCCCCUUACACCUUCCCAUUUUCUGGUCGGGAAAAGGCUCACAAGGUUGCCACCCAAUUCUCCUGCAACUGACUUCCCUUCCUCAGAACGACGUCAGUUACAAAGGAUAUUGCGGUAUCGUGAAAUUCUGUUGGACCGGUUCUGGCGGAGAUGGCAACACGAAUACCUACAUGAAGUGAGGACUGCGCACUGGCAACGCUCUUCAACAUCUAGUGCUCUUCAAGUCGACGAUCUGGUCCUACUAAAAGAAGAUAAAGCACCACGAAGUCUAUGGAAAAUAUGUCGUGUGGUGAAGACGUUUCCCGGAAGGGACGGACGUGUGCGAUCGUGCUUGAUUCAGCGCCCUCAAGGGGGAACAGUUAGGCGUGCAGUUCAGAACCUAUUUCCUUUAGAAGUCAGUUAA